AUGGAGCAGCUGUCUAGCCAGUAUGGCUCUUUAAUCCGCCGCUGUCUGCUCCAAGAGAAGGACUCUUCAGGUCCAUUCCUCAUCAUGGGCACUGGCCGUUUUAUGUUGGACCAGAUCACCGAGGGGCAGCUGGACUGGGCUGCCAUGUCCUCUCCCUUUGACAUUAUGGUACUAGAAGGGCCCAAUGGCCGGAAGGAGUUCCCCAUGUACAGCGGGGAGAAAGCCUAUGUUCAGGGCCUCAAGGAGAAGUUUCCUCAAGAAGAAGCUGCCAUGGACAAGUACAUAAAGCUGGUUAAGGUGGUGUCCAGUGGAGUCAUCUUUGCCAUCUUGCUGAAGCUUUUCCCGUUGCCUAUGGUUCAGCUCCUCAACAAGUGUGGGCUGCUGACUUGUUUCUCUCCGUUCCUUCGUGCAUCCACCCAGAGCUUGUCUGAGGUCUUGAAGCAGCUGCUGGCCUCCCCUGAGCUCCAGGCAGUGCUCGGCUACAUCGUCGUUACUUACGGUGGCUGUGGGCCUUUCUUUACCUUCCUAGAGCUCUCAGAACUUCACCCACCUCCUGUGUCUGCAGGUGUCAGUGUGAAGAAGGGCCAAGAGCUGGUGAACAUCUACUGCCCCAUCGUGAUCUCCAAUGCAGGGCUGUUCAAUACCUACGAGCACUUAUUGCCAGAGCAUGCCCGCUAUCUGCCAGAUGUGAAGAAACGGCUGGCAAUGGUGCGGCACAGCUUGGGCAUUUUCUAUGUUUUCAUCUGCCUACAAGGCAACAAGAAGGACCUGGGUCUGGAGUCCACCAACUACUAUGUUUAUUUUGACAUAGACAUGGACAAGGCGAUGGAGCACUACCUCUCUGUGCCCAGGGAAAAGGCUGCGUGCGGCACACAUCUGCUUUUCUUCAUUUCUUUCCCAUCAACCAAGGACCCGACGUGGGAGGACCGAUUCCCAGACCGGUCCACGAUGAACAUGCUGAUACCCACCGCCUAUGAGUGGUUUGAGUGGCAGGAAGAAAGCCACAGGGAAAGCGGAGCAGUGACUGAGACCCUCAAAAAUGCCUUUGUUGAAGCUGCUAUGUCGGUUGUCCUGAAGCUCUUCCCCCAGCUGGAGGGGCAGGUGGACAGUGUGACUGGAGGAUCCCCACUGACCAGUCAGUUCUAUCUGGCUGCCCCACGAGGUGCCUGCUAUGGGGCUGACCAUGACCUCGACCGCCUGCAUCCUCAUCUGAUAGCCUCCAUGAGGGCUCAAAGCCCCAUCCCCAACCUCUACCUGACAGGCCAGGACGUCUUCACUUGCGGGUUGAUGGGGGCCCUGCAAUGGGCCAUGCUGUGCAGUGGCGCCAUCCUGAAGCGCAACUUGUACUUGGACCUUAAGAAGCUUCACUCAAGGAUCCAGGCACAGAAGUAGCUGCGUCAGGGAUGAGUCAGAGGAAUUUGCCCCGUGGCUAGGGUACCUUUCUGCAUUAGUGCCUUGCCUAUAUAAAGCACUUGUUUUGGUUUUCUGAGCAAAGCUCCAACCCGCAGGCCCAGGGUAGAUCACAGGUCUUAAAGUGAAGCUCUUCUAGCUGAUGCGGAUUAUCUUUUAUAACUUUUAAAGCAUACUAUCCCUACUGAAGACCCAGUCUAGGCAUGGUUUUGGUUCUGUAGGUUCAGAGGGCUCCAGAUGCCAUUUUUGCUGGUUCCAAUGGCUCUUUCAGAGAACAGGGAAAUGUCUGUAGCAGGCUCUGUGUGGUUUUGGGGGUAAUAAGGCAUAAGGACGGAGCACCUCAUAAAAUAAGCAAGGUAUGCACAGGCUUACCUGUGCUUAUUAAUCUAUAGUGCACAAUUCCACCUGUUUUUCUCCACAUCAAGCCUCAAGGCUUAUAUUCCAAAAUAUUUGGGGAAAGGUGAUGUUAGUGAGGGUACAGGACUGGAAAGAUGACUUUGUAGGGGAGAAGCAGAUUGAAACGGCAUUCCAGGCCAAGGGCAGAGCAGAAGACAAGCAGAGGUAACUGAAUGUGCUGUGGCAGAGGGCCCAGCUACCUCCCAGACCUGGGCCUGGUAGAUGGAGGCGUGUGGGGGCAGAAAAUCAAGUCACGAUCAGAGAACGAAAACGCUCAUGAGUUGUGUUGGCAGUUUAUCUGGUGGAUGUAUGGAGACUGGAUGGGAAGGUAAACGAAGGUUUAAGGUUUAAAAAAAAAAGCUUUAUGUUAAACUGAAUCACCAAUUUUACUCAAUUUUAAUGCAGUACUAAUAAACUGAAUCAUUUAUAGCUUUACAAUUUGAAAAUUGCUUUGUUUUCUGUUGUAUGAUACAAUACUACAUUGAGAUGGCAUUCACAGAAGCUAGUACAAUAUUAUGUACUGAAAAAUACUUAUCAGUAGACCAAAUCAGCUUUAAAAAAUAAGAUUAAGUAAUCAUAAUUAAGUUACAGAAAAGCUGAAAAUACAAAACACUGCAAAACAGUGGCAACCGACUAACUAGGCAAAAAAAAAAAAAAGAAUGGCAACAAUU